AUGAAGGGCAUUCCUCUGAUCCUCUUGGCGGUUUCUGUGAACUGUAGAAUUGUCCAAGCUCGAGCGUCAGUAAAGGUGAGCCCAGACUCCACUCAGUUCUGGGAGUACGAUGAGCAGGUUUCCGUGAGCUGUGAAGACUUUGGGCCCAAAAACUGGACCCUGUGGAGAUUCACCAAGAGGGGAGGCCUCUCGGAAUGUGGGUCUGGGUGGGGCAGUCAGGGCACUGGUUCAGCCUGUGAUCUGAAAACCCUCAAACCCUCAGACUCCGGACUUUACUGGUGCGAGUCCCCAUAUCACGGCAGCAGCGACACCAUCAACAUCACAGUGACCGGAGGGCCAGUGAUCCUGCAGACUCCAGUGAAGAUAGAGGAAGGGCUGGAGGUGGCUCUAAGCUGCAGAUUUAAAUCCGGAUUUCAGAACAAUAGUGUGGACUUCUACAGAAACCAGGCUCUCCUGAAGUCCAGCCUCGAAGCUCUGACCCGGAUCCAGUUCAGCAGAGACCAGCAAGGGGCCUACUCCUGCCAAAGCAAUGGUCACCACUCCCCAUUGGUGCACAUGUAUCUCCAAGACGACUCUCCAGCUCCGGUCUUGGUCCUAAAUCCAGACUCAGAGCAGAUCUUUGAAUACAGUUCCAUGGAUUUCUCCUGUGAACCACAGAUUGAAGGUUGGGCCGUCUAUCGGUACAGCCCCAAAACAGCCUCUAAACCCUGGUCCCAGUGUGGUCCGGACUGGGGUUCUGUGGAGUCAGGGUUCAUCUGUAAAAUCAACACCAUCAAGAGACUAGACAGCACAAUCUACUGGUGUGGGAAUAACAUGCGUCGAAGCAAUUCAGUCCAGCUGCUGGUCAAAAACAGAGGUGUGAUUCUGCAGGUGCCAGUGCUCCCUGUGUCUGCAGGACAAACUGUCCAAAUGCUGUGUCUACGUCACACUGAGGGAGCCCUCACAGCUCGUUUUUAUAGGGAUGGACACAUCUUUAUGGGAAAUUCCACAGGACUAAUGACUUUCCAGCAGGUGGCGAUGUCUGACGACGGCCUGUAUCAUUGUGAGAUGGGAGGAGAGAAGUCGCAGCCCAGUCACCUCAGAGUCAAAGCAGCCGCUCCACCGCCCGCUUCACAGAAGUCUGCGCUCUCCCUUGUUCACCUGAGAUAUAUAAUCGUGUUUGCUCCAUAUGUCGCCUCCACUCUGCUCUUCAUCUCCAUCUAUAGGCAAACAGGUGGAAUCUCCAUUACUCACAAGAGACACAGGAGGCAGGAGUUAAACCUGGAGCCGGAGUAUGAAGACGUGAUUCCAGACGUCACCACAGAGUACCAGUUCUGA